CACCUCUCACCAGUUUGGAACAUGAGAGGGAUAGUAAUGUGACGUGAUGGUGUAGUGAUUGUUCUCGCAGGUUUCUUCCCUCCCCCCGCCUGGCCAUCGUUUUGUCCUCUAAAGAAGCGAUCAUGUUUAUUGUGGAGGGCCACACUAAUAGCAAGUUGAUAAAUGGUAUAAACAUGAGAAUCGUGCAACUUCGUCGAGGUCGCUUUCUGAAGGUGGUGCUAGGCAUCACUGGGCUAGUAGGUCUUCUGCUACUGUUGGCCUCUCAGUCUCCACAUGGAGCCUCUAUCAGAUCUGCAGGUGCUCUUAUGAGCAAAGUCAAACAGGAGGUUGCUUUUUUGCCGGAUAAAUUGGGGAACUUCGAGCCACCCAAGCCUCCAACACGAGUAGGUCCUGGGGAGGGAGGUAAAGCCCACCUCUUAUCCCCCAACAAGCAGAAUGAAGGGUCCCAGUCUAUGAGCGAAUAUGGCAUCAACAUGGUGGUGUCUGAUGAGAUUGCUAUGGAUCGAGUGGUUCCAGACACCAGACAUUCUGAGUGCCAACACUGGGAAUAUCCUGAGGACUUGCCAACAACAUCUGUCGUCAUUGUGUUCCAUAAUGAAGGCUUCUCAACUCUUAUGCGCACAGUGCACUCUGUUAUUGAUAGAUCUCCUCCACAGUUUCUGAAGGAAGUGUUGCUUGUAGAUGACUUCAGUGACAAAGCAAAUUUGAAAGAGCAAUUAGAAGACUACAUAACAAGAUGGAAUGGCAAAGUUCGAUUGAUACGCAACAAAGAACGUCAAGGCCUGAUCCGUACGCGUACAACUGGAGCGGAAGAAUCCAGGGGUGAAGUUGUCUUAUUCUUAGAUGCUCACUGUGAAGUAAACAAGAACUGGCUUCCUCCCCUUCUUGCCCCAAUAUACAGAGACAAGCACACAAUGACUGUGCCAGUGAUAGAUGGCAUAGACCACAGCACAUUUGAAUACCGGCCAGUUUAUGGUCCUGGCACCAAUUUCCGUGGCAUAUUUGAGUGGGGCAUGCUGUACAAGGAGACGGAAUUACCAGCAGAAAUUGAACGCACACGCAAACACAAAAGUGCUCCUUACAAAGCACCUACACAUGCAGGAGGUCUCUUUGCUAUUAACAGAGAGUACUUUUUGAGUUUGGGAGCUUAUGACCCAGGACUGUUGGUUUGGGGUGGUGAAAAUUUUGAACUAUCAUUCAAGGUUUGGCAAUGUGGAGGCAGUAUUGAAUGGGUUCCUUGCUCUCGAGUUGGCCAUGUGUAUAGAGGAUUUAUGCCUUACAACUUUGGAAAAUUAGCUGAAAAGAAAAAAGGCCCUCUUAUUACUAUCAAUUACAAGAGAGUUAUUGAGACAUGGUUUGAUGAUAAGUACAAGGAAUACUUCUACACACGAGAGCCCCUUGCUAGAUAUUUAGAUAUGGGUGACAUCAGUCAGCAGCUGGAAUUGAAGAAGCGUUUAGGAUGCAAGAGCUUCCAAUGGUUUAUGGAUAAUGUGGCAUAUGAUAUGCUAAGGAAGUAUCCAGAACUACCUCCCAAUCUUCAUUGGGGCGAGCUACGUAAUGCUGCUACUUCCCAGUGCCUUGAUACUAUGGGUCACCCAGCUCCAAGUUUGAUGGGUAUAGCACACUGUCAUGGGUUUGGUAAUAAUCAGUUGAUACGGCUAAAUGCUGAAGGACAGCUAGGUGUAGGGGAGAGAUGUAUUGAUGCAGAUGGCCAGGGGAUCAAGUUGAUUUUCUGCCAUUUAGGAACUGUGAAUGGUCCUUGGGAAUAUGAUGAGACAAGCCAUUUGCUGUUCCACAAGAAGUUAGGGAAGUGUGCUUCUCUACAUCCACAAAAUAACCAGCUGUUGCUGCUUCCGUGUGACCCUGUCAACAACUACCAGAAGUGGAAUUUUAAGCAAAUUACCCCUAAAUGGUGAGAGGAUGUCAGAAAGGUUGUGCUAGUUUGUGAGUGAUUUUUCCAGAGGACUGAAUUAUGUUUAAAUGAGUGUUGCAGUUUUAUGCAAAAGAAGAUCACUAUUACCUCUAAAUUUUAAGAAAUAAGGAGAGUUGUCAGUCAUUAAGUGUAGAAGAUAUGAUAAUCAGAAGUCCGUUGUGACUGCCAGUUGUGAUCCAAGUUAAAUGAUAAUAUAUUCUGGUUUAUCAAUUAUAAGAAAAAAAAA